AUGACUCACUCUGGUGAUAACAAAGUCGAGUUUGUUAAUGAUAGGAAAUUGGGAUCGGAUCCAUAUCUCUAUGGGAUCCUACUUUUCACUACAUGUAACAAGACGAGAGCUGGCUUUGUUUCUGCAAAUUUGUUUUCUUUUAAGGGAGCUGGGCAAGAUGGGAUCCAUGGAGAUUUGUUAUCUUGCCAUGAUUAUUGGAAUCGGUGGUCUCGGAAUUAUAGAUAUGUUUCUGUUUUGACCAAAUUCACAAGAAGCCAACAAGAAUGGGCAAACCUCGAGGAUUGCAUUUCCAACCUUCUCCAACGUUGAUGCACUAACUCAACAAAUGGCCCACCCGAGCGAACAAAUGUGGCAUUUAAGUGAUGAAUCAAGUACCAAGGCGAAAUGACACAGAUGUGAACUAGAAUUUCUAAGAUCGAGGAAAAUUGGGAAGAAGACCAACUCUCCCAACUGAACCUCCACCAACGCAUGGACUACUAUCGCAGUCGAGUGAUGCAUCUAGAUGUGAGGGUUACAGAAGCAGAAAGGCAGAACCAAAUAGCCCUCUCAAUGGCCCAUAGAGUGGAAGAGAGCAACCGACUUUUGGAGGAAAGGUAGAGUAGAUGUUUCAAGCUAGGAACACAUCUGGGGAGUUGCAGCAAGAAAGAUGAUGUACUAUGAUGGUAGCGGAAGGGUGAUGAAGCAGACAAGUGUUAUGUGGUCUUGUCAAUUUGAGGUAGAAUUUCAAAAUCGGAUAUGAAUUAUGAUUAUCUAGCUUUAGGUAUGAAUUAUAGGACAUUGUAAGAUAUAUGUAUGGUGUGUUUUUAUUAAAAACUUCAACGGUAACAAAUGAUGUAACAUAUUUUAUAUGUAUGAACUAUAGGACAUUGUAAGAUAUAUGUAUGGUGUGUUUUUAUUAAAAACUUCAACGG